AUGAAAUUAUCUAUGUCUAUCUUUGAUAAGCAUUCAUAUCUGCUUAUACCUUUAUCUUUAACCACUGUCUGUAACGGUAUAUCUAUCUAUCUAUCUAUCUAUCUAUCUAUCUAUCUAUCUAUCUAUCUAUCUAUCUAUCGCAGUCUUUAUUAUCUAUCUAUCUAUCUAUCUAUCUAUCUAUCUAUCUAUCUAUCUCAGCUUCUUCAUUUUCCAUCUAUUUCAGUCUGCUUCCUUCUAUCUAUCUAUCUAUCUAUCUAUCUAUCUAUCUAUCUAUCUAUCUAUCUAUCUAUCUCAAUUUGCUUCCGGCUAUUUAUCUAUCUGUUUCAUCUCUAUCUAUCUAUCUAUCUAUCUAUCUAUCUAUCUAUCUAUCUAUCUAUCUAUCUAUCUAUCUAUCUAUCUAUCACAGCCUCUUCAUAUCUAUCUAUCUAUAUAACUUUUGCUGAUUUGUAUGUCCACACUAUCUAUCUAUCUAUCUAUCUAUCUAUCUAUCUAUCUAUCUAUCUAUCUAUGUCUGGUUGUAUCUAUUUAUCUCUCACUGUCUCCGUAGGUGCAUAUCUAUCUAUCUAUCUAUCUAUCUAUCUAUCUAUCUAUCUAUCUAUCUAUCUAUUUCAGGCAUUUUCUUUUCAUUAUAAUUGUCCUCAAACUAUUCCUCUCUGCUCGAACGGACAGAAACACGCAGACAUCCUCCCCACAUCACAAGUACUUGUAUAUACAAGUAGGUAUUGA